AUGUUGACGGUAUACGUGUUUGAUUUGGAUUACACGCUUUGGCCGUGCUGGUGUGAUACUCACGUUCUGCCUCCGUUCAAGAAACAAUCGGGAAACACUGUUGUCGACAGGUAUGGCUACCAGCUCCAACUCUACCCCGAUGUCGAGGAUAUAAUUGCCCGGCUCAAAGAUGAAGGCCAUAUCCUUGUUGCUGCUAGUCGGACCAUGACUCCCAAGGUGGCUCUGAAAUUGCUUGACUUAUUUACAGUUAAGGGCAAACCGCUACGCUCAUAUUUCGAUAGCGUUCAGUAUGGCACUGGCCUGAAAAAGAAGCAUAUCAAGCAAGCGGCGAAAGAAGUAGGGUUUGAGGACGCUUUGGCGAAAGGAGAGGUGGCUUUAUUUGAUGAUGAGUCUCGUAACCGGGACGUAGAAGACAUCAAUGUCCAUUUCGUCUACUGUCGCGAUGGCUUAACCAAUAAAGUAUUGGCGGCGGCGCAACGGGAACGGUCCUAG